ACCUCGGGGCCCGCCGCUACCCCCGAGAUGGAUACCUUAUUCCGGACGCCGAAUCCUCUCACCCGCAGCGAUCGCCUUCGCUCGUCGAGGGAUCGAGGAUGGAUAUGGUAUCCGGGCGGAUACCCACCACGGGACGCGAUAUUCCACCGUUCCCCCCGGGGCGCCGCUCCCUGCUGAACCAGUCCACGUCCAGAGAAGCAUCGACGAAAUUUCUCUGCUCUUUAAAUUAUGGCAACUACUCCAAUACUAUAAUGCUUGGUGGCAGUUAAUCGCCUUCUCAAUGACGCCAAGAAAGUAAACCUCCCAGCGAGUGGAGGACGACUUCUUCUCGAUCGCAGACCAGGAGGAGAACAGCCUGUAGUUCUUGUUCUUGCUGCUUUCCACUACUUCUUGAAAAAGGCUGGUGAUUAGUUUAGUCUGUGCAAUAGAUGCUGGUGUUCGUGAUCAUGAAAUUCAGUUCUCUUUAGUAGGCACUGCACUACAAUUAAGCUGAAGCUAUGAAUCAUCGGGAGGAUAAAUUUGUGAGGUUUCAUGACUGGAGUUCAGAGCAAUCCCUGGAUUCAGAAAGGGCUUUUUUAGGCAGAAAACAGAGAAGUCUUAGUUCAGUAAAAAGGAUUUUUCAAGGAGGAUUUGAUUGGGUUAGAAGCAUUUUUAAGUUUCAGUCUUCUACAAAUUCAUCUGCGGGGGUACCAAAGUCUAAAAAGAAAGUUCUAGAUCCUCAAGGACCGUUUCUUCAAAGGUGGAACAAAAUAUUUGUCAUAUCCUGCAUAGUUGCUGUGUCUGUGGACCCCUUGUUCUUCUACAUUCCAGUUAUUGAUGGUGACAAUAAUUGUCUUUAUUUGGAUAAAAAACUAGAAAUUGCUGCAAGUGUACUGCGGUUUUUCACAGAUAUCUUCUACUUGGUCCAUAUUGUUUUUCAAUUUCGAACUGGGUUCAUCGCUCCUUCAUCUAGGGUAUUUGGAAGGGGAGUUUUGGUCAAAGAUUUGUCAGCAAUAGCCAAGCGAUAUUUAUCAUCAUAUUUCCUAAUUGACAUUCUUGCUGUUUUUCCACUUCCACAGAUUAUGAUAUUGCUCAUAAUACCCAAACUUGAAGGUUCAGCACUCCUGAAUGCAAAGAAUGCACUGAUGUUUGCUGUUAUAUUCCAAUACGUGCCAAGAGUUCUUAGGAUCAUACCGUUGUAUCUUGAAGUUACAAGAUCUGCUGGUAUAAUUGCUGAAACAGCAUGGGUUGGAGCUGCUUUUAACCUUUUACUUUACAUGCUUGCAAGUCAUAUACUGGGAGCAUUUUGGUAUUUUCUUUCUAUAGAACGUGAAGGCACUUGUUGGGGAAAAGCUUGUGCCCAACAUGAUUGCAAAAUUGACUCUUUAAUCUGUGGACAGCAAAACAACCAGAAUAAUGGUUUCCUGGGAGGUGAUUGCCCUAUAAGUCCCAAAAAUGGGACUAUCUUUGACUUCGGAAUAUAUCUACAAGCUCUGCAAAAUGUUGUUCGAUCAGAAAAGUUCUUGGAGAAGUUUUUUUAUUGCUUUUGGUGGGGGCUUCAAAAUCUAAGUUCUCUUGGACAAAACCUUAAAACAAGCACUUACAUUUGGGAGAAUAUUUUUGCUGUUUGUGUUUCCAUCUUUGGCUUAGUUCUGUUUGCGCUUCUCAUUGGCAAUAUGCAGACAUAUCUACAAUCAACUACUGUCAGAAUAGAAGAAAUGAGAGUAAAAAGGAGAGAUGCAGAGCAGUGGAUGUCUCACCGAUCCCUUCCUGAGAGCCUAAAGGAGAGAAUACGCCGUUAUGAGCAGUAUAGGUGGCAAGAAACAAGAGGAGUAGAUGAAGAGCAUCUUCUUCAUAACCUUCCUAAAGACCUUCGAAGGGAUAUAAAGCACCAUCUCUGCUUAUCACUCCUCAAGCGGGUUCCGAUGUUUGAGAAGAUGGAUGAUCAACUCAUCGAUGCCAUGUCUGAUCGUUUGAAACCAGUUUUAUACACUAAAUGCAGCUGCAUCGUUCGUGAAGGAGACCCAGUAAAUGAAAUGCUCUUUAUUAUGCGAGGAAAGCUAGAGAGCAUGACCACUAAUGGUGGAAGAACUGGAUUUUUCAAUUCAGACAUUCUGAAGGCUGGAGAUUUCUGCGGGGAAGAGCUUCUGACCUGGGCUCUAGACCCUUACUCAUCAUCCAGCCUCCCUAUCUCGACAAGGACAGUUAAGACACUAUCUGAAGUCGAAGCUUUUGCUCUGAUGGCUGAUGAUCUGAAGUUUGUUGCUACACAAUUCAGAAGGCUGCAUAGCAAACAACUGCAGCAUUCAUUUAGAUACCAUUCGCAGCAAUGGAGGACAUGGGCUGCUUGUUUUAUACAGGCAGCUUGGCGUAGAUACUCGAGAAAGAAGCUUGAAGACUCUUUGCAUGAAAAGGAGAAAAGGUUGCAGGCUGCAAUGGUCAGCGGCGGUGCUAGUUCACCGAGCCUUGGCGCCGCGCUGUACGCUUCGAGGUUUGCAGCGAAUGUGCUGCGCAACUUGCGCCGACACAAGAGCAGGAAGGCCCCUCCUUUGAUGCUAUUGCAGAAGCCAGCAGAGCCUGAUUUUUCUGCUGAAUAAGCAUUGGUGCAUAGCCUCCCGCCGAAUUGUUCUUCUUGCUCCUAGUUACUACCGUACUCGUGCCUUUCCAAAAAAAAUUUUGUUUUUCUAAAUAUAUAUUCAAAAGAAUGUAGCAGCAAGUUAUGGUGUAUAUAUCAAGUUGACUAGGUCAUUUCAUUCUAUGUCAACCACCUGGGUUAGUUGUGCAGCUAUACAUGUAUUCUGGUUAGAUGUCAAAGUUCCCAUGAAAGACUGGUGUAGAAAGAUAUGAAAACUUAUGUUGGGGAUGUGGAAUUAUGCUACUUGUAGAUUGUGAAUUAUAACAGAAGCAUUCUUGUAUUGAUUUCUCAAGCUAAGAUGGCUCCAGUGAUAAUUUCAUGGUCA